CUUCCCCACAUACCAGGAACAGAUGCUAUGGCGCAUGAGUGCCGUCGCUAUAACUUGCACACCCUGGCUUGCUUCCCUCACUGUAUAUCUCUUUUCCGUGCGGUAUACGCCGCCGGUGACCGUCACUGUGACGACCUGUGCAUUAUAUGUCGUGUUGUACGUCGUAGCACGUGCCAUCCUCUUGGUGUUUAUGUUUACCACUUUACGUGAUCUUCCUCCUGACGCAUACAAGGCGGUGUCAUGGACUAGUUUAGUGCCUCACUUAUAAUUCUUGAUUAUGGUACUCGUGAUACACUUCAUACUUUGUAAUGAUAUUCAGAUGCAGUAUUCUUA